AUGCUCAAACUUUGGUUUAAAUAUCUUCAACUUUUUCUUACAGUACUCUUUGACAUUCCGCUCAAAGGUCAAUUAUGGUGUGGUGUCAAAGAAGAUUUAACUGAACUUUAUCCCAAAGGUACAACAACAGGCAAAAACAUUAAUCGUCAUUCAUAUUUCAAACAAGAAGAUGAAAUUAUCUUGCUACUUGGUACAAGUCUUGAAAUAAUCGAUUUAAUUAAUCAUACAGAUGGAUUUCAUCUUAUUAAUCUUCAUCAAGUGAAGUUAUCUAAUGAACUUCUUGCUUCACCUUUUAAUGACACAUACAAAUCAAAGCAAUAUAAUUCCGAUGAUGAUAGUUCGGCUGAUGAAGCCUCAAAGUGUUCAUAUCAAAAGUUGCAAUUUCAACGAAGUAUAAAUCAACAUAAUGAUGUUUGUAAAAGACCAUGUAGUCAAUUCGAAAAAGUUAUUUUUUCUGUUCAGUCAUCAAUCAAUCAAAUGUCAGAAAGUAUUCGAAUACCCAAAUUACAAACACAAAGAAGUGCUCAAAGACGUAUCGAAAUAAACUAUAUUGCUCGUAUGGGUAAUUAUAUUGCUGUUCAAAAUACAUCUAAUCAAGAUGUUCAAAAUAUGGCAGAUUAUCGUGUACUUGUUCGUAUUCUUGCUCAUAAUACAAGUAAAAAAUCAUUAGCAGCAACUCCAAGCGAUGAAAUGAUAUCUCUUAUCGCUGAUAAUAUAAUAACAUGUGGAAUAGGCACAAAUAUGAUCACACAAUUAAUUGAUGACAACGAGAAACAGCAAACAAUUUCUACUGAAAAAUUUCUAUGA